AUGUAUUCUAACGAGGCUAUGGAAUCACAACGCGUUAGAUCAGUUGUUGGAAGUGUAAAUGGAAAGUCUACACAAAGGAGAACGGGUGGAAAUAAUCAAACCGCCACCUCACGAUUAUUCAUGAAUGCUGUAAAGGACGCAAGUAAAAGUGCACGACAUCCUGGAGAGAGGUCAGAGGAAAAUGUGUCAUAUAGAUCUGAUAGAUCUGAACGUCAUUCUAAACGUCCUUAUAGUCCUACUAUGGAUUAUCAUAAAGAGGAUCAAAAAAUAAAAUCUCGCAGAGUCGAGAAUGAAGUUGAAUAUGAUCUUUUAUUUGAUAGUCAAGAUAGAUAUUCACGAGUAGGAUUCGAACAUCGAAUUAAUGAUCAAGGAUUAUAUAUACCUUCACCACCAGAUUAUGAACGUAGUAGAUAUGUGAAUGAGAGGCGGCCUUCACAACAAAAUGUUAGGCCUUUACAACAACCAAUAAGUGUUUUAGAUCGACUGGGAAAGAAAGGAGGUCUAAUGACUGCAUAUAUUAAUCCUGCUUUUAUUCAAGGGUCCAGUGCUGCAAAUACGAACGCAAUACCGUUUCCAUCAGACUCAAAUAACAAUAUAACGCUUACUCCAAAAACUUCUCGAUGUCGCCAUUGGCCUAACUGUGACCUCGGAUCUACAUGUAAAUUUCAUCAUCCUACUGAAAUUUGUCCAAUGGUACCUAAUUGUCCCAAUUCUCCUAAAACUUGUUUAUAUAUCCAUCCCGCUAAUCAAGAUUUUGUUUCGUAUGAUCAGCGUGGUAGUAUAUAUAGACCUGGUGCAUUUGUAAAUGGUACAGGACAAGGAGCUUUCGGUCCUCGUUCUUCUGGUUUAGGUUCAUUCGGACAUGGUUCCAUGAGUCCUAUGAGUCAUGGAAUGUUCGGACAAAGUUCUUCAUAUCAAAGUGGUGCAUUUGGUUCAGGCGUAUUUGGACAAAAUUCCCAGAGACCAAGUGUCUCACAUGAAAAGAACACGUUUGAACAAACUUCAAACGUACAAAAUCAACGGGAAAAAGAAAAAAAGUCAGCAAAUAUUAUUUCCACUGAUACUAUCAAGAUGAAUCAAAUAUUUCAGGCACCUUUUUCAGUCACACCUUUAAAUACUAUGUCAGCAGAAUCAUCCUGUGAAAAGAAUGCUGUAACUCAACAUAAAACAAUUCCUUCAGCACAAAAUGCGUCUCCUGCUGUUUUAUGUAAAUUUAGUGAAAACUGUGCAAAUCCCAAUUGCUUAUAUGCACAUGCAAGCCCUGCAUCUGUUAGAUCUGGUUUUAAUACAUCUACUUUAGUUGACAUACCUUGCAAAUUUGGUUCUGAAUGUACUCAACCUAAAUGUUGUUAUUCACAUCCCUCUCCAGCAGCAAGUGUUGCUGCUCAAGAUCCCUGCAGGUAUUAUCCUAAUUGUCAGAAUUUAAUGUGCCCAUAUUUGCACAUUGAUUAUAACCAUACAAUUAAAGUUCCGGCCCCAUGUCGUAACGGAGCUCACUGUGCGAGACCCGGAUGUCAUUUUAUGCAUCCAUGGGAUAUGGAGACAGAUACUUCAAGCAUUCCGUGUAAAUUUGGAUUUAAUUGCCGAAGACCUGAUUGUGCAUAUGCUCACCCAAUCGGUAAAAAGAAAUAUUCGCAUAUUUCUGAACGUACUUUUGCUGUACCAGAAGAUAUGACAGAAAAGGUUCUUCCGUUCUCGGAAAAUCAAGAAGAACAUGAAUCUAUUGAUAAGGCCGAAGGGAAUUGGCAAGCACUUAAUUCUUUGUGA